AUGGCCAAUGAAAGCAACACAACAUUAUUACAUAUCCCAAGUACUUACCAAAUUCUAUCCGUUGCAUUUAUAUCAUUGAUCAUUACUAUCGGAAGUAUCGGCAAUCUUGUUAACAUUUAUUUUAUUUAUAAAACACCAUCGCUGCAUAGCUUUAAUAACAUCCUUAUAGCUCAUUUAGCCAUAAGUGAUUUCUUGCAGGCAAUAUUAACACUACCUAUGGCUAUCUUGAACUCUUAUUUACGCUUCAACAGCCCAAUCAUAUUAUGCCGGGCAUUUGCGUUUACUCUUAACUUUUUGGUCAUGGUUUCAUUAGCAGCAACAUCAGCAAUUAGUAUCGAUCGUUAUUUUGCUGUCAUUUAUCCUUAUUCUUAUUCGGCUAAAAUGAAAAUUAAGUAUAUCAACAUAUUUAUCGUAUCGACCUGGUUGUCAGCAGCAAUCACAUCUGGAACUCCUUUACUUGGGUUACAACGCUACGGUCUAGGAGAAUAUUCAUUUAUCGCUGAUGGCUUACAAUGCUGGUUUGAUUUUCAGCAUCAUCAAAAAAAUAGAAUUGCCUUCAUAGCUACCUUUGUUUACAUCGUAGCAGCUAUUUUAGUGACGAUGACUUCCUAUCUCGCUAUAUUUUACGUUGCCUGUCAUAAAGGCAUCACAGAUGUAUCUGUCGUAGGUUAUGCAUCGCUCAAGCGUUCUAUUCGUACCACAGCAUUGAUAGUAGGCAGUAAUUUAGCAUGUUUUAUACCUGUACUAGUUGGUGCUUCCAUAAGUUAUUUCACAAAGCGUGAUUUACCUCCAGGAUUGACUGUCGCAGUCUAUCUUCUAACAUUCUUUAAUCCCGCCAUUAAUCCUGUUAUUUAUGCCUAUACCAACGAAAUACUCCGUAGGAAAAUAAAACAAUAUUGUUACUGUCCCUGCAAUCCACGCUUUAGGCAAAUAAAAGUUCGUAGUAACACUACAAUGAGUUCAUUAUCGUGUCCCAAUCAGUUAAGUCAAGAAAGUAAUUUUAUAUUAAAUCAAUCGAUAACUGUGUAA